AAAGUUCAUCCUUACAUUUGCUUCAGCGUUUCUUUUCUUGCGUCGUUUUUCAAGUUUUUUAUAUUUCGAGCAGCAAUUGCCAGACUUAUUAAGAUGGCAAACAACUGGACAACCGUAUUUCAACCUUGUUGGCUGCAAGAUCCGGAGCUCGAAGCUUGGAUUAGGCGGGUCGAAAAUAAGCCAAAAAGCGCUUAUUGUGCAUGGUGCUGUACGGAGUUCUCCCUAAGCAACAUGGGCAAGCAAGCUUUGAGGAGCCACAUGAAAUCUAAAAAACAUUUGAGCCGGACUGCAUCUGGUGCAAAUUCGUUGAUAAAUUAUAUCAAAUUACCUGCAGUACCUCCCGGACAAAGUACACCAGAAGCUGAAAACUUACGAAGCCCGAUAGAGCCUUCCGUGCAGAAUACAGGACGUACAAAAGACCAACCAUCAGCUGGGCGUGGACAACUAAACCAAUUUGUGCUAAGGAAUGGCGUCACUGAAGCCGAAAUUCGAUGGUGUAUCCAAACAGUGAUGAAUCACAAAUCACUACGAGCCGCCGAAAAGGAUGUUGCGGUGCUAAAACGAAUGUUCAACGACAGCGAAAUCGCAAGUAAGCUACAACUAAAAAAGGACAAGAUUGCGUACAUGAUUAUGUACGGAAUUGCGCCGUAUUUCAAAGUCGAGCUUGUUGAUCAAAUCAACGAAUGUGAUUUUUUUGUGGCCGGGUUCGACGAGUCCUUGAACAAGGUCACUAAGAAACAACAGAUGGACAUUAACAUUCGAUAUUGGGACAAGCUGUCAAACUCCGUUAUAACUCGAUACUUGACGUCUCAAUUUCUUACCCGCUCUCGUGCCACUGAUUUGCUGGAAGCAUUUCAAGAUGGUUUGAAAAUGUUAAAUUUGAAGAAAUUGGUGCAGGUAUCCAUGGAUGGCCCGAAUGUAAAUUGGGCUUUUCUGCGGGAAUUGAAAUUAGAGCUUAAAGAAGAUACAAAGCUACUGGAUUUGGGCAGUUGUGGAUUGCACAUUAUGCAUGGCGCAUUCAAGGACGGAAUUCAGGCUACAGGCUGGCCUGUUGUUGCAUUUCUACGUGCUUUACAUAAUUUGUUUAAAAAUGUUCCUGCUCGACGGGCAUUGUACGUUCAGUAUUCAGAAAGUGAUGUAUUCCCUUUGAAAUUUUGUGGGCAUAGAUGGUUGGAAAAUUCCGACGUCGCAGAAAGGGCGAUCGACACCAUUGGAAAUAUUCGGAAAUUUGUGGACGGAGUGAAGAAAGAUAAGAUAGAGCCCAAAUGCAAAUCAUACAGUGAUAUUGUGAAUUUUUUGAACGAUCCUCUGAUUUGUGUCAAGCUGACAUUUUUUCGAGCAGUUGCAUCCGAAAUUGAACCUCUUCUUAGAGAACUUCAGUCAGAUGAACCAAUGGUUCCGUUCUUGUAUCCUGAAAUCUGCCAGCUAGUGAUUGCUCUCUGCGAAAAAUUCAUUAAACCAGAGAAAUUGGAAAAGAUCGUUAACCUGACCCUAGAAGAUGUCAAAGACAUAGGAAAUCAUCUGCCGGCUAAAAGCAUAAUCCUGGGUUUUGACACUAAGAAAGCAUUGCGGGAUACAAAAGUCAAGGAAUUGGAGUUAAUUAGCUUUCGUAAUGAAUGCAAAAAUUGUUUGAAAACAAUCGUUGCUAAAUUAUUAACCAGAUCACCAAUCACUUAUCCUCUGACAAAGGCAGCUAGUUGCUUAGAUCCUAGCUUGAUCGUGUCCAACAUCAGUGUUGCAAAACGUAGAAUGGAAAAACUUCUCACCAUUCUGAUCGACUGUGGUAGAAUCAGCGGACGGAAGGGUGAUUUGGCUGCCAGUCAGUAUCGCGUUGUCAUCUCGCAGGUGGUGUAUAUUGAUCUGUUCAAAGGAUACAGUCGGAAGGUGAGUCGAUUGGAUAGUUUCUGGCGAGAUACAUUGGGAGACAAAUACGGUGAUUUGCUUUAUGUCAUAAAAAUCAUCUGCUGCUUGUCACAUGGUAACGCGAAUGUUGAAAGAGGUUUUUCUGUGAACGCAGAGUGUUUGUUUGAGAAUAUGAAGGAGGAAUCUGUUGUGGCCCGACGACAAGUAUAUGAUGCGGUAGCACAAAGAGGCGCUGUUGGUGAAUUUGAAGUUAGUAAAUCGCUUUUGCUUCGAGUCCGUAACGCCCACUCUUUGUACAUCGAGGAUCUAAAUCAGAAGAAAAAGGAAGCUACAGGGAUUGCGACAGAGGCCGCUUUGAAAAGGAAACAUGCCGCUGAAGCACGUGAACUGGAGCUGAAGAGGAAGAAACUGUUGAAAGAAGCGCAGAUUGAAGCGGAUGCUCUCACUGAACAAAUUAAUUUGUUGAAAAAGUGAUGAAUGUGCAGAGAAUUCACUGACUUUUUUAUACUAUGAACUAAUAAAAUAGCGUAAAGUACAUCUAUUUUAGUUAUUAAUCAAAAAUGAGGAAAGAUUGGGUAAC